AUGCUCAGCGCUGCGCCUGUCGUGGGGGAGCCCCCGGAGGCUGCGGGGGCCCCUGCUGCUGCUGCGCUCCCUGAAGCAGCAGCAGCAGCAGCAGCAGCAGCAGCAGCAGCAGCAGCAGAGCCUGCAGCAGCAGCAGCAGAGCCGGCAGCAGCAGCAGCAGCAGCAGGGACGGGAAAGCGUGAAAGGAGGAAGCAUUAUUUCUUUUUGGCAGCAGUCACCACUGAGCUGCUGCUGUGCGCGCUGCUGCUGCUGCUGCAUGCGGGGCACCGCAGCAAAGUGCUGCCUGCGCCUGGAGACGCAAUAGCAGCAGCAGCAGCAGCAGCAGCAGAAGAAGAAGCGCGGGCAGCAGCAGCAGCAGCUGCUGCGGAGGCGGCCGCGGCGGCGGAAGCAGCUGCCGCGGCGGAAGCAGCAGCAGCAGCCGAAGCAGCCGAAGCAGCAGCAGCAGCCGAAGCAGCAGAAGCAGCAGCAGCAGCCGAAGCAGCAGAAGCAGCAGCAGCAGCAGAAGCAGCAGCAGCAGCAGCAGCAAGCGAGGCGCGGCUGGAAGUGCCGACACUGGAGGAAGCAGAAGCAGAGCUUCCGGAUUAUCUGGUGGCGGGGAAAAGGUACAUAGCGCGGCAGCUGUGGGAGCUGCAGCAACUGCAGCAGCAGCAGCAGCAGCAGCAGCAGCUGCCGCAGCUGCUGCCGGGCCGCGAGAGCUCCGAAGGCAUGCGCGUUCUUGCUGCUGCUCUUUCGGGGGGCAUUGGCGAAGACUUGGUGGGGCUGGAGUUGACUUUGACCAACAUCCGCGCGCUGCAGCCGCAGCAGCAGCAGCAGCAGCAGCAGCAGCAGCAGCAGCAGCAGCAGCAGCAGCAGCAGCGGGAGCGGACGUUCACGGUGACCCGGUUUCUGGGGGACGGCGCUGCUUCUGCUGUUGUCGAAAUCCAAGACAAUGCUUCGCAGCAGCAGCUAGCGAUGCGGCUGACUUACGUGUCUUUGGAGUUUGCUGCAGCAGACUGGGAAGCAGCAGCAGCAGGAGUGGCAGCAGCAGCAGCAGCAGAGGAGGCGGUGAUGCUGCGCGCUGCUGCGGGGCUGCCUGCUGCUGCAGCAGCAGCGCAGCGCGGCCUCGCCAUUCCCCUUUUUGCUGCUGAAAUUAAAAACACUCCUUCUUUAAUGGAAGGAGAAAAAGUUUUUAUUUUUAAUAAAGUUCAAGUUUUGGAAAGGCUGCAGGGCGAUGCUUCUUUGCUGCUGCAGCAGAUCAAGUUCCGCCACCGCCAGCUGCUGCAGCAGCAGCAGCGCCGCCAGCAGCUGCUGCAGCUGCAGCAGCAGCAGCACGAGCAGCGCCGCCGCCGCCGCCAGCAGCACCACCAGCUCCGCGGCCAGCAGCAGCAGCAGCAGCAGCAGCAGCAGCAGCAGCACGACGACCUGCCCUUCGACGACGACGAGCAGCAGCAGCACUGGCAGCAGCAGCAGCACUGGCAGCAGCAGCAGCAGCAGCACUGGCAGCAGCAGCAGCACUGGCAGCAGCAGCAGCAGCAGCAGCAGCAGUGGCAGCAGCAGCAGCUGGGGGAGGAGUGGCUGCCAAUGGAAGCCAAGUGCUACAUCGGCUUCCGUUUGCUGCUGCAGGUGCUGCUGCUGCAGCAGCAGCAAAUCAGCCACAACGACCUGAAGCUGGAGAACUGCUUCAUGCGGCCCGACGGCUCUUUCUUGCUGGGGGACUUCGGCAGCAGCACCUGCUGCAGCAGCAGCAGCAGCAGCAGCAGCAGCAGCAGCAGCAGCAGCCAGGCCGACCAGCUCACUGACAUCACUCCAGUCUACGCAGAGCCCGAGUUGCUGCUGGACCUUUACGCCAAACCCCGGGGGCCCCCGGGGGGCCCCCCAGUGCCCCGGGGGCCCCUCGUGGGGCCCCCGCCCUCCUGGGGGCCCCACGGGGGCCCCCCGGGGGCCCCCGGGGGCCCCCCGGGGGCCCCCCAGGGGGGCCCCCAGGGGGGCCCCCAGGGGGGCCCCCACGGCGGCCCCCAGGGGGGCCCCCAGGGGGGCCCCCAGGGGGGCCCCCAGGAGGAAGAGGGGGCCCCCGAAGGGUCUCCGUUGGCCGCAGCAGCAAACCCGAAAAGUGACCUUUGGAGUUUGGGAGUUGUGCUUUAUCAAGUGUUUACAGAUGGACUAAUUCCUUUUGGGAUCGGAUCCCCGGAGGAGUCUUUGGGGUUUGUUGCAGCACAAGCUGCUGCUUUGCUGCGGCUGGCGGGGGGCCCCUGGGGCCCCUGGGGCCCCUGGGGGCCCCAGGGGCCCCCCGAGCUGCAGGGGCCCCUCGUGCAGGAGCUGGAAGCUGCUGCAGUGCCCCUCCGCUGGCAGCAGCUGCUGCUGCGGCUGCUGCAGCCUUUUAGGGCCGAAAGAAUCGCAGCAGAAGAGAUCCUCAGGGAGUUCAAAGACCUCUACUAUCCCCGCUGA